AUGUAUUCAAAAAUACUCGCGCUUAUACUACAAACAAGCUUAAUGUGGUACGCUUCAAUUAUCGCAGCGAUUACUUUUAAGCUUCCAAACAAAACAUCAGAUUCCCCUAAUGAAGAAAUAAUUUCUAUUUCAUCAUCUUUACGCCCUUUAUCAUCAUUGUUCAUUGAUUUUCGAAGAUGUUCCUACACUCUCUUUAUUCUUGCCAAUAUUUAUUUCAUCCACAUUGAACAAGUAUCGGAUAAUUGUCGCAUUGUAAAACCAGGACAACUCAGUCAAUCGCCAUAUGCACAGCAGCCUCCUUUUCCUCCGCUCUCUUCAUGGACAUUAUCCGACCUAAUUUUCAUCUCACUUGGAAUUCUGGGUGGCUUAUUCAGUGUAUGGAGUUUCACAACUCUCUCUUUGAAAAGUCAAAAGUCAACAACUGCAGCAGGCGAUCGUCAAUAUGGAUUUCACUAUUUUCUACGAUAUCCCCUCUACCUGUUAUAUUCUGGGUCGAUUUUUCUGGAAUGGAGUAAACUGUAUUUGGUUUGGCGAUUGAUCAAGUGGAUGCCGAGAUGGUUUCAGCGUGAAUAUCGAAUCUGGUUUAUAUGGGGUUUGCUAGUUGAAAGCUGGCUACUUGUUGCCGAGAUUUUUGUAAAAAUGAAGAUGAUUGAGAAAGAUGUUUUGCUUAAAGGACUGAUCGGAUUCUCUAAACCAGUCGUUCCUUUAUCGAUAGAAAAAAAAUAA